AGAUAAUUCAUCUUCUUGCAAGAGCAAUUUGGCUCAUCUCUCCUUUUGCAGCUGGGUCUCUUUGUCCAUCAUAAACCGUCUCGAAAUGCCCAGUGACACCCCUUCAGAGGCUGAUUCCAUGGCUCACCACCGGCCGCCUGCUUUACACAGGACCCUUCGCUUAGUCGCGAUCGCCUCAUUUCUCCCCGCAUUUCCCCUCUGUAUUGCUCACGGAGUUCUGUCAAACGACGCAGCUCCUGCGGUCGGUCUUGUUCCGCUUGCAUUUUCUUCUGGUGGAAGCUUGUUCCUCCUCCGCCGACGAGAACGAGACGAUGGACUUGCGCACAAGCUCUCACACCCUGUGAUGGCCUUUGCUUUUGAUGUGGUACUAGCGGCAGCUUGUAUGAUUGUGUUGGUCUUUACAUGGAUUUCGAAAGGCCAGUUGGCGUCGUUGAGUAUGCUGGCAGCUUAUGCCACUAUUCCCCUUCUCGUCAACUUUGUCAUUCACCUUCUCAUCGCUCUGGAGUCAUUCUACACGGGUCUUGCUGUCCACAGUAUCGUACAAUGGCUAGCUUGGCGCACUCUACCUCCUGACUGCCCACAUUGUGACCAUCGACUUCGCCCAGACUUCCCAGAGCUACCAUGGCUUGAUCGUCUACGAGAGCGACGACAUGGAGAUUAUUCGGCAUUAUUUGUGGAUGAAGAGAACAGGUAUCACGAUGACGAGACCGAAGAGACGCUACAGCGUGCUGAGAGUGCAGCGCAGGAGGCCGAGGCGCAGCCGGAGGUUGUCGAUGUCAGGAAGAAGAACAAUCGUAGGAACAGGACAAAUACCCCUCCAUCGCGAGAUGAACCCGCGUCUCCAUGGAGCGCCUCAUGAUGGAUGAAUGGUAGAAUAUUCUUAUAAGACUGAGAUGGAUCAGCUGGGUCAGAUGAGCAGACUGGAGUCGUGGUAUCAGCUAGACUGUAUCAAAUUGAUUCUUGAAUGGCACCGUAUCCCAGCGAUAUAGCUACCAACAUUAGUUGAACAUCUUUUAUCAAGUGUAAUUAGC